CUGCGGGCCCACGUGCCUCCGUUCCCAUUAGCAACCCGAGGCUUCUAAACAGCCUCCGUUCCUUUCAACUGUCAGCGGCCAGGCCGCGGUUGGUGAUCUCGGGCUGGGCACGUCCCCGCCUGCCCUCGCUAGCUCCGUUAGGCUUUUGGUUCCCGCUCGCUGCCAUGGCAGAACUGGGCCUAAAUGAACACCAUCAAAAUGAAGUUAUUAAUUAUAUGCGUUUUGCUCGUUCCAAGAGGGGCCUGAGACUCAAAACUGUGGAUUCCUGCUUCCAAGACCUCAAGGAGAGCAGGCUGGCGGAGGGGACCUUCACGGCGGACGAGGUGGCGGAGGUGCUGAGCGGGCUGCGGGCCGUGGUGCACAGCGAGGUGGAGUCCGAGCUCAUCCACACGGCGCGCACCAACGCGCUGCUGCUGCGCCAGCUCUUCGCGCAGGCGGAGCACUGGUACCUCAAGCUGCGGACCGACGUCUCCGAGCUGGAGAACAGAGAAUUAUUAGAGCAAGUUGCAGAAUUUGAAAAAGCGGAGUUUACAACUUCAAGGAAAAAGCCCAUCAUAGACACUGCCAAGCCGAAACUUGUUCCUCUGAACGAAGGUGGAACAGCUGAGCUCCUGAACAAGGAAAUUUUAAGACUUCAAGAAGAGAAUGAGAAACUGAAGUCAAGACUGAAGGCAGUUGAAACACAGGCUACAAACGCCUUGGACGAGAAGGCAAAGCUGGAACGAGCACUGCAGGAUUUACAGCUGGACAAGGGGAAGCGAGAGGACUCAAUAAAAGCACAAGACUUGAGCGACUUGGAAAUCACGGUGGCGGCUCUGAAGAGCGAGUUUGAGAAGACGCUGCGUGACAAGACGGAGAGCGAGAAGUCCCUGGAGGAGCACCUGGCCACGGCCAAGCAUGAGCUGCUCCGGGUGCAGGGGCAGCUGGGCCUGGCGGAGAAGGAACUGGAGAAGAAAUUUCAGCAAACGGCGGCCUACCGGAACCUGAAAGAGAUGCUCACCAAGAAGAACGACCAAAUCAAAGAGCUGCGGAGGCGGCUGGCGAGCCUUGGAGUCUCCGUUUCUCACAACUCCCCAUGCUGCCCGUGGCACUCGGCCAUAGCCCACAUUUUGAGGAUGAAGAGUACCCGGGAUUGAACUCUGGACCUUGUGCUUGCGAGGCAGGCGGCGGAACCACUGAGCUAAAUCCCCGGCCCACAGCUGGCUGUUUAUAGGAGCGAGUCCGGCCGAAGCCUGCGUGCCAGGUCGGAGUGACUGGCACCCAAAUUCCCUUCCCACAACUAAAACCUCCAGGCUAGAAGGACGGUGUUCUAAUGACGGCCCAUGUAUUUCAUCUAUUCUGUUCCUAAUUUGGGAAUGCUUUGUUUUCCUUUCACAAGCUUGGCUUACGUUAAUUUCCAUAGAAACCACUUGCAGCUGCCUUUAACCCAGCUGACUGCCAGGCCAGCGCCUGGGACCGGCCAGCCCCUUUGUCGGUUGCCGGGCACUGGCCGUCCCGGCCCGGCUGUCUCUCCUAGUUCUGUCUCUUGGUGUAUUCUGAGGCCCCCAUCACACGCUGGGCAGAGGGCAGUAGAGACUCACUCUCUGGCACAUGUAAAAGGUGAGCUCAGAAAGGUGUGAAACGCGGAAGAACGGGUUUCUUUGCAGAAUUCAUCUAUGACAAAGACAGCUGACUGUCAAAGUGAAUCUAAAUGUGUGCCUGUGUGUGUGUGUGUCUCGAGCUGAGGGGAGUCAUUUGUUGAUGUCAGGAUCUUUUCUGUGCGAUUUUCUGUACGAGUUUCAUUAUGAAAAGUAGCAGGAGAGCGAGACAGGGCUACUGUGUGUCCAUCUGUAACCGUUGUUUCCCAGAGCUCGCGUCGCUCCCACCUUGGGAUG